CCCGAUCGGGUUCCCUUGUCAUAUAAAGUAACAGGGCCCCAUAUCUUACGCCACUAGACUUUUGCCAGAUGAUAACAACAAACACUGCCAUGCGCAGUAGCGGUUGUCAAGCUGUGCUGAGCACUUUCCCAUGACUGUGCGCCCUGCUGUCUCUGACCUCAAACCAUCAUUCCGUCCCCGCCCUUUCCCCGCAGGAGUAAACAUCCAUCACCACCACCCAGACCCAUGGAUGACCACGACUACGAGUACCAGCGGAGUAUGUCGCUGGUACCAUACGUCCCCGCGGAGUCGCGCGAGAUUGUCUUGCGUCACGGUUCCGCGGUCGUCGUAUUCGACCAGAGAUCAAAGCAACUCUCCCUUCGCGAUGCGUCACACACCUCCACCGUCGAGUCUACCUCCUGUCCCUACUGCCACAGGCCGUUUCGAGGCAACACCCCCCACGAACCAGAAGACCAGGACGAGCACGAGCAUGGCGGCAUACAGGACGCAGACUCCGGGUUCGUCAACCCAGGAUACUUUCAGAUGUUGCGACGGAGCCAGCCAGGAUCUGCGGAGGGAUCAAGACCGUCGUCGCCGCACAAACAACUUGCGCCGCCGCCGAUUGGUAGUUCCAGCGGCGACUUUCGAGCCCCAGAAGGUGCGGAGUUCGUGGGGAGCACGCCGGUUCCGCCGCGACAUCACGGGAUAUCUUCGCAGGCGUUCAGCCCGGAUUACUUCAAGACUUUCUUCGUGGAGGAGCGGGAAUUGGGUAGAGGAGGCAAAGGAGUCGUUCUUCUGGUCAAGCACGUUUUGGAUGGCGUUCCGCUGGGUAAAUUCGCGUGCAAGCGUGUCCCUGUUGGGGACGACCACGAAUGGCUCGAGAAGGUCUUGAUCGAGGUGCAAUUACUCCAAAAUCUAUCGCAUCAGAAUCUGGUCUCCUAUCGACAUGUUUGGUUGGAGAACUACCAGAUAUCGAAUUUCGGUCCCAGCGUUCCAUGCGCUUUUAUCCUGCAGCAGUACUGUAAUGCUGGUGAUCUGCACAGCUACAUCACAGAAGGAGCGAGAUCAUCUCUCACGACUGAGCAAUUGAAGGAGAGGAUGAGGAGACGCUCGAAAGGCGAGAUGGAGCCUCCGGAGAAUCUGAACGGACCUCGCAAGAUGCAUUUCGAUGACAUCAUUGCGUUUUUCAAAGACAUCACGUCUGGUCUCAACCAUUUGCAUGCGAACGGCUACAUUCAUCGGGACCUGAAACCUUCCAACUGUUUGCUUCAUAAUACUGGACGCAAGAUUAGGGUUCUUGUGAGUGACUUUGGAGAAGUGCAAAGUGCCAAUGUGGCUCGGAAGUCGACAGGUGCAACAGGAACUAUUUCGUACUGUGCACCGGAAGUUCUGCAACCAGAGCGGGCGGGAGGUCCUCUGGGAAAUUUCACCACCAAGUCUGAUAUCUUCUCCCUAGGCAUGAUCAUUUAUUUCAUGUGCUUCGCCAAAUUACCAUACAUCAAUGCUGAUGGCAUCGACGAAGACAACGAGGACCUCGACCAACUUCGAGAAGAGAUCUCGGCCUGGGCAGGCUUCGACGACGAGCAACGAGUACGUUCAGAUCUUCCAGAUAAAUUGUACAAGUCUCUCAAACAUCUUCUGGCUCUCAACCCAGACGAUCGUCCCGGAACAGAGGAGAUCUUGCAGGUUCUGAAAUCGACAGGAGUGUUUAAUGAAUACUCCUUUGGCGGCGGAUCUGGCCUCGACGACUUUAGUCCGCGCAUUUCUCGUGCAGAUACCCCGAGUCCAGCACCGACUCAGGUCUUUCGGAAACAAAGCAACGCCUCAUACAUGCGGCACGGUCGCUCGAAGCUCAGUGCCUCGGCGAUUGAUCGCUCACCAAGUCCCCCAACUACACAACCACCUGACCUAACACCAGCGAAGCGCACACCCUCUCCGCAAGAGGGAUCUGUGGUUCUUCGACCAAAGAAGGUGGACUUACCUCGACCAACCGAUCCUCAUGACCCAAAUGCCCCAAUUCCCACGCUCUCGCCUCGUCUCAUGCUACCACCACCUCCGCCCCCUACACGUCCCAAACUCGUCCAACUAACGCACAAUCCCACAUUCACCGGCGUUACCAAAAUCGCGAUAUUCAGCGCAAAAGUCUUUUCCCUAUUCAGCCCUUGUCAGCCGUUCGCAGCUGACCCCUGGGUGGCGUAUCCAUUGUUAUUGUUUGCUUCCUUAGAUUUCCUCUUUAUCGGCUUUUCGUGGCGCGGAAGAUACCUCGGUCUCGGCGGUCUAGGGGGCUCGCUGUUGCUAUUGAUCAUUCACGGAGUUGCGGUCGCGUUGUUAGUAAGAUCCAACAGGCUUUGUGUUGGUAGGGAGGUUGCGUGGGAGGGGAUGUAGGGGGUGGAGUUGUAUGGUGAUGCUCAGAUGGGUGCUUUAACUCGAGUGAGGAGGGACGACUUGCAUGGUUAAUAGAUGAGAUAUUUGAUAUGAAAUGAU